AUGCAAAUCGGGUCAGGAAUUGUCAAUGACAAGGUUCUGGAGCUGCUGAUCAUGAUCAACGCCUGCAAAACCGCCUCUGCAAGAAGAAUCACUGCUGUUCUGCCAAACUUCCCUUACGCCAGACAGGACAGAAAAGACAAGAGCCGUGCGCCUAUUACGGCCAAGUUGAUGGCAGAUAUGCUUACGAGUGCCGGAUGUGACCACGUGAUCACCAUGGACCUGCAUGCUUCCCAGAUUCAGGGUUUCUUCGACGUGCCCGUUGACAACUUGUACGCAGAGCCUUCUGUUGUUCGGUAUAUUCGCGAGAAACUGGAUGUCAAAAACGCCAUUAUUGUGUCUCCCGAUGCGGGGGGGGCCAAGCGGGCCGCUGGUCUUGCCGACCGUCUGGACCUGAACUUCGCUCUCAUCCACAAGGAGCGCGCCAGAGCCAACGAGGUGAGUCGCAUGGUCCUUGUCGGAGACGUUACUGGUAAGACCUGCAUUAUUGUGGACGACAUGGCCGACACCUGCGGGACUCUGGCCAAGGCUGCUGAGGUCCUGCUGGAAAACGGGGCCAAGGAAGUCAUUGCCAUUGUGACGCACGGCAUACUGAGCGGAAAUGCCAUCGCGAACAUCAACAAGUCCAAGCUCGAGCGGGUUGUGUGUACCAACACUGUGCCGUUUGAAGAAAAAUUAAAGCUCUGUCCAAAGCUUGACACCAUCGAUGUGUCUGGUGUCUUGGCCGAAGCCAUCAGACGUUUGCAUAAUGGAGAGAGUAUAUCUUUCCUUUUCCGCAAUGCUCCCUACUAG